AGCUCAGUGGCGGAGGCGUUGCAGGUGUCAUCAUAGCGGUGUUGAUCCUGGUGGCUUUAGCAGCCUUGGUUUACUUUAUAUACAAAAAGAGGCGAAUGCCUGGUUUUGCAUUUGCAAGGUUCGAAUCUGAGCGAGGUAGAGUAGAGUUGGAAUUAGGAACGACUCCUCAUGAAGUUUUGGAUCCUGCAGAGCUAGUGUCCUCUAGUGGGAAAAAAUUGACGUCAUUUGUAAAUCCGAUGUUUGAAUCCUCUGCAGCCUGCUUUUAUGGGAAGGAUGAACCUGAAGAGUUUAAAACACCAGAAGGCGAGCAAAGUGGCCUUGAAAAUCCUAUGUACCUCAUUGAUAACGAUGUGGAAACAAUCAAAUAGCAAUCAUGUGUUUUGAUUAACUAUAUCCAUUUUAUUUUGUGUAAGAAACAAAUUCAAAUAUACAGUUAACUAUUAAAGUUUAAUUAAAGUAAUCAUUACAUAUCUUUUAUUGCUAAAAUUCAGUAAAAGUAAAUAUAACUAAAAUAUUUGGUGAUCCAUCUUAUUCUGUAAGUUUCAUGAUAUGCGUUAGUCAACAUUUAGAUGAAUUAUUAGGACUAUUCACCAUUACAACAUAUUUUUUCAAGAUUUCAUACUUCAAGCCGCAAAACAGAUUACAGGUUUCGAUUAUACUCUUAAGAGUGUCAAAAGUCCUAAGAAAAAUAAAGUUUUAACAGCGAAGGUGAUUCAACUAAAUGAUGAUUUUCAUGUUAGAUAUCGUCAAAUUUCAGAACAGACUGUUAUUCCUCUGUAAUAUAUGCUUUAUUCUAAUGAUUUAGUUAGUUUAGUAUAGCUGUGUAAUUGUUUAUAUAGCUUAAUUACGUUUGCUCGUGCAUUAAUUCAAAGACACGAGAAAACAAAACAUAGUUAAAUUCUAUGGAAUGAAAUUUAAAUAUUUCAAUCGUGAUUUUUUUUCUUAAGUUUAAAUCCAUUCUAGAACAAAGGAAUAUACAACUGUUAUAUUAUUUUGAUGUAUUCUAAAGUGAACAAGAUGAGAUGUUUGUUACCUCACUAGAAGGCAGCUCCAAACUAACUUUUGUUGAGGAAAGUUAGUGUCACUUUAUUAGUUAGUUCAUAUACUGGCCAAAUAUUUCUUCUGUUCAUAAUAAAGUACUUUGCUUCAAUGUCAUUAACAAAAUAA